CUUGGGCAAACGUACUAGUCCUACGUUUUGUUCUUAGGUAGUUUUGGGGUUGGAGAAUAGGUGAAAGGCAAAAUCAAUCGGCAGCGACAGCAUCAUGUUUGCAACAGCGAUCAGGUAUUUGGCAAGGAAACCGAAGCCAAAGCAGAAACCUAUAGAGCUUAAAACUCCACCUGAGCAAACUAAAACCCUCACUAGGGUUAUAUUUGGUAUAGUAAAGGAGCACGGUCCUCUCACCAUCGCCGACACCUGGGAACAUGUCCAGCAAGUUGGGUUGAGAGGACUGACCAGCAAAAGGCACAUGAAGAUAGUGCUGAGAUGGAUGAGGGAGAGGCAGAAGCUCAGGUUAAUAUGCAACCAUGUAGGGCCCCAUAAGCAAUUUCUGUACACCACCUGGUUCGCCAAAUCCAACGUCAAUCAGCCGAAACCUGCAAAUGGUUCUUCACUGCCUAAGUUGCCUUGAACUCUUAUCGACUACCUGCUUAGAACCUUGCUCCUAUGUCUUGAUCAAUACCUUUUCUAUUGUAAUCGUUCCUUUAAAGCUAUAGAAAAAAUAUAUAUAUGAAAUGACUUUUCUUUA